AUUGUAAUCGCGCGGUUAAGACGUCACCUUUUAGGAGGAAUGAGGCUGUUGCGCUGCAGGGCGUUAACGUGGGCCCUAGGCUGGAACUAGAGUGGGAUAAAAACCUGACAGGCUUUGUGCCUCUGCCGCACAACUGUCCGAAGCAGUUUACAAGGAAAGGUAUAGCCCAGUUUCUGCUGUCUGUUACUUGCAGCAAGUUCCUAACGCGGUUCCUGGAAUAUAGCCCAGACAACGUGGCUGGAGCAGACGGAGACAUUGACCCCACUGAAAUCACCUUUCCUGGAUGUUCUUGUCUCACCAGCUCCUGCGUGGUUCACGUGUGCUCGUGUCUUUGCCAUGGUGAAAAUUACAACAGCUUGUGUCUCAAGCCUACCGACAAAGAGGAGGAGUAUGCCAGGCCUGUUUUUGAAUGCAACGCCAUGUGCCAGUGCGGUGAAUCCUGUCAAAACAGGGUUGUUCAGAGGGGUUUGCAGUUCAGACUUGAAGUAUUCAAGACUGAGAAGAAAGGGUGGGGUCUUCGCACUCUGGAAUUCAUAGCUAAAGGAAGAUUUGUUUGUGAAUAUGCUGGUGAAGUUUUAGGCUUUAAUGAGGCACGUAGAAGAAUUCAGGCCCAGACGUCAAAGGAUUCGAACUAUAUUAUAGCUGUGAGGGAGCACCUCCAUAACGGCCAGAUAAUGGAGACGUUUGUUGACCCUACGUACAUUGGUAACGUAGGCAGAUUCCUGAAUCAUUCUUGUGAACCAAAUUUAUUUAUGGUGCCAGUUCGGGUUGACUCAAUGGUGCCUAAACUGGCACUUUUUGCAGCUACUGAUAUUUCUGCUGGAGAGGAACUUUCGUACGAUUAUUCUGGAAGAUUCCAUAAUUCACCAAUAACUAACAGAGAACAAAAUCCCUUAGAGGAAGGUAACAGAUUGAGGAAACCUUGCUACUGUGGUUCCCGCACAUGUGCUUCCUUCUUACCUUGGGACAGCUCCCUCUUUUCCACACCAGACACUUGUUCAGGGAGCUCUCCAUAG